AUGUGGUGGUCCUCGAUGGCAACGCCAAGAAUCGGAGGGCGGUGUGUGCAGCAGCUUUGGCCGGACGCCGGCCUUCCGCCAUGCUUUUUGCCGUUGGCAUUGCGAAGGACCUACGGACGGAGAAGAUCACCUCCAGGAUCCGUCGCAAAGCCUUGGCGAAGCAUCUUCUCCAUCGCCAUCAGCUUCUCGGCCUGCGGGGACAAACAGUCCUGCAGACCUGCAGAUUCAGCAGCUGCCGCUGGCAUAGCCCCGCCAAAGCUGACCUACGUAUGUGGUAAGCUUCACAUGGCAGGACACACAGACGCCUGGUGCAGGAAGACUUGUGAUCCGGACCUGCCGGAACAUGCAGCGGCAUCAAUAAGAUUGGAAGAAAGCUUGCCAGAGCCGGCAGUGCAAGAUGGAUUGCCAGGUGGGCCUUCCGGAAGGCUUCGAAGGUAUUUGCGGCCAAAAAUACUAUCAGCCACAGUGGCCAGCUCCACGCCAGAAGAAUGGUUUCAUCGUUGCUCCGGAGACUGGGACCAAGUCCGGAACGCGGACAAGUUGCCAGGUGACUUCCCGGGCCGGUGUUGGUACGGCUUACUUGGAAACUUUGAUGAAGCCUACGACUUCUUGCUCAGUCUUGGGCUUUUGUCAGAUCCCAGCACAUCUUCCAAGGACAAAGCAAAAUCGAAGGUGAACCCGUACCAGAGCGCUUUCAAGCUGCUGCAAUUCGGCUCCAGCGCAAGAGCCGCGAAAACAGCAGGAGCUUCGCGGCACCACUGGGUCCCUCUCACUCCUGACAUUGCUGACUUGAUCGGCGUUGCCAAACAAGCACCAUCUCCAGAUGCAGCCGCUCAGGAAUGGCACGAGGCCGGCUUCGCAGAUGCAGGCGCCGUGCAGUUCACGCAGAAUGCUGCCCCGGAGUACGUGCCAUCAGAAGAGGGAUACCCAGUUAGGCUUUUGGAUGGCAAGCUCAGCCGGCUCCGCUUCAAGCGUGACCAAUCCGCUCCAAACGGCUUUGAGGCAGAGUGGAGAGCAGCCAACCGCAACUUUGCCAUUCCUGAGGAAUUGGCCCGACUGACGGCAUACUUCUCAGAGCCGCACCAAGUCAUCACUCUCACUGCGGAAGCAGAGUCAUGGCACUUGUCCUACCAGGGCGCCAUGAAUGUUCAGAGCCAUGUCGUUCGUGGGGACGUGCAAGCUGGUGCUCGUUUUGGUGCAGCUCCUUGGCAAGUAGGCGUCCUGGCAGCCUUGCUCUUGGUAUUCGAGAUCUUCGUUGGGGCCCAUUCCGUUGAAGCUCUUCAAGCAAAAGCUUUGCAGGUCACUUCUCAGCAUUUGCAACGUGCCUACGCUGUUCUCCAGCUCGACUUUGGCGUUGAAAUUGCAGAACAUGACUUUGCCACUCUUGCCUGUAAGGUUCAGAGGUUGAAGCAGAUUGCACUCGGGGAUGCUGCCACAAGCCCAGACAAUGCCCCGCUGCUGGAACAAGAGGCUUCCUUUGAUGUGGGCUCUCUACGUGUUCCGUAUGAUGAACAUGCCUUUGCACCUGCAACGCAGCCGCGGAGACCAGUCGAUGAGAGUGAGAAUGAGGAUGAUGAAGGGGACGCGGGAGAAGUUGACAUGGAGCCACCCGAAGAGCCUGCUGAACACUUGGCCCAGCCGCCCCAGCCACCCCAACCCAUGGAUACAGAACUCGCAGCUUUGACUCUGCGAGAUGUUCGUGCCAGUGAUUAUGGUUUUGGUGACAAUGGACUUUCUGUGCAGCCAGAUGGCCUCCACAGCCGCCACUUGACCGACAGGGCAAUUUUGAAGCAAACGCUUCUGACAGGGAAGCCCAAGGUCACGCGCAAGGAGGCUUGUGACAAGAUGCGCAGCUCCCGACAAGCAGGUCGCAAGGCUUUACCCAAGGAAAAGUGGACUGCUGUGAUGGCAGCCGCCGUGCGGUACCACAACGAUCUCAUGAAAGCCUGCGGCCUCACCUUGCGGGAGCUGAUCGCAGCCAUGAACAAGACAGCUGAGGCAUCUGAUAAGACCGCCGUGCAAAACGCACCAGGAAUGA